UUGAGUCGAUGAUGGUGGAACGAAGUCUCCAUAGUUAUAUUAAAGUUGGUCGAGUUUGCUGUCUAAGGGACCAAGCCCGUAUUCAUCUAGCGAUGGUGCGGGGUUGGCUCUGUCGCUGUGUCAGGGCACGCUGCAUUCACAUGGGUUCUAAGUCCGAUACAAACAAACAACAUA